CCCUUUUUAUUUUGGUGGAAGUGGGAACCGAAAAAGAAAACCCUAGCUCUCUCUGGCCCGUCCCUUCCGGUGAAAAACAGGAGAAAUCUUCAAAUUUCCUGAAAUUGAAUCCGAAACGGUGAAAUUGACUUAGGGUUUCGUCUCAGGAGGCCGGAUUGGAAUCCCAAAUCAUGCUCUUGCUUCGUGAUCUUGACGACUGUUGGAGGAAGCGAUGAUUCGGCGUGUUACGGUUAAGCUUUAAUUUUUGGUGUAUCAGAUCUCAAAAAUGUGUGGGGGCAUGUAGGAUGGAAUGUCAAGUUUGGGGCGUCUCGGUUUGAGGAAUUGUUGAUGGAAAAUAGAAUAGAGGUUUCACAUGGCACUGAAAUUCCCAGGAAAUCGAGAUCUUUGGAUCUUAAGAGUUUGUACAAGUCCAGGAGUAGAAAAGAGGCUGAAAAUCAGAGCCUGAAGAGAAAAGGGAGUGAGGACGACGACGACGACGGUGGGGACAAGAAGAAGAGGAGUAGGAAAGAGGUGUCUCUCAGUAGUCUCAAGAAUGUUAAUACUAGUAGUAGCAAGAAGAGUAUAGAUAAAGUUUUUCAUAGAGGGUUGGAUUCUGGUUCACAUGAUCCGGACGCAUUCAAAUCGGGGUCAAGUCAAAAAUUGGAUAGCAGUAGUGGGUUAAAUGGCGUUUCAAAGCUUAGUUUGGAUAAUAGUGGCAUUCAAAUCCCGAGGCGUAAGAGGGGAUUCGUGGGGCGAAAAAAAUGUGAGGGUGCUCAGCUUUUGAAGCUGUCUGAUGAGUCUGCUGGUAGAGCAACUAGUGUUGAUCAGAAUCAUCAGAUAGCUAAGUUAAGUGGUGAUGAUUUGGGUACUCAAGCUGAGGCCUGGAAGGCCAUAAGAAACAAAGGUUUGGAUGAAUGCAAAGAAAAUAUAAAUAGCGAGUUGAAUGCAACUUCACAUGCAAAGAAAGAAAAUGUUCUUGAGAGGCAGUCAGUUGCAAGCAAUGGUAAUUCAUCUUUGAAAAAGUCCCGGAGGAAUCGUCGGAAAAGGAAGGACUUGUCACCUGAUAGUAAAACUGAUGCAAAGGAAGCUGAGCCUUUAGUCAAUAGUUCUACUAAAGCAUGCCAGACUUCACAAGAAGACGAGGAGGAGAAUCUUGAAGAGAAUGCAGCGAGGAUGCUUUCAUCGAGGUUUGAUCCAAGCUGUACUGGGUUUUCAUUAAACACCAAGGCUUCUGCGAUGCAAUCUUCAAACGGGUUGUCUAAUCAGUCAUCUCCUGGUCAGGAUUUUGAUAGUCACAUGUCGAAGUCAUUUUCUGGAUCAGAAUCUCAAUCUGUUGAUAAUGCUGGUAGAGUGCUGAGGCCCAGGGCCAGGAAGCAGCACAAAGAAAAGAAAGGUACGAGGAAGAGGCGCCACUUCUAUGAAAUCUUCUUUGGGGACUUGGAUGUUUGUUGGGUAUUGAACCGUAGGAUCAAGGUCUUCUGGCCUUUGGACCAAAGUUGGUAUUAUGGCCUUGUGAAUGCUUAUGACAAGGAGAAAAAACUUCACCAUAUUAGAUACGAUGACCGUGAAGAAGAAUGGGUUGAUCUUCAACAUGAGAGGUUCAAGCUCUUGCUACUUCCUACUGAAGUUCCUGGUAAGGCAAAGCAGAAAAAAUCAUUCAUGCAAAUUACAAGUUCUGAAGAGAGAGAAGGAAACUUGAAACCCAGAAAAGAGAAGAAAAAGAGAGACUCGAUGUCGGAGGACGAUAGCUGCAUAGGCAGCUGUAUGGAUUCUGAACCUAUUAUUUCAUGGUUGUCGCGAUCUACCCGUCGGAUCAAGUCUCCUUCUCAUGCUGUGAAGAAGCAAAAAACAACUGGUCCAUCUCCAAAGUCCGUGCCAACUUUGUCUGACAGUACUGGCACUUUACAUGGGUGUUUGAGUGAUGUUUCCUCUAGAAGGGAUACAAAUAAAUUAUCUUGUAAUUCCGGCAGAUCAUCUGAUCCUGUGAGGGAAGAGAAGCCUGCUCCAGAAGGCAACUCCGAAGAUAGCAAAAUGCCUAUUGUUUAUUAUCGGAAGCGAUUGCGCAAGACUGGCUCUGUACUGUCUCAAAUAUACAAGGAUGAGCAUGCUUCCAUGCAUGGACAUCAUUGUUGUACUUCUGUUACUCCUGUUGAGGAGGUUUGGGACUUGGAAGAGCCAGAUGAUUUUGUUGUUAUAUUGGAUCGCAGUUGGCCAUUGUGGUAUAGUGAUGAUGCAGGGUUGCUAAAGUUAACUCUUCCUUGGAUAGAAUCAGGAAAAGUCAAAUUUAAAUGCCUUCCACUGCAUUCACUAAUGAAUGAUUCUCUUGGAGUAGAGUUGUUACGGUUCUUUCAUGCUGCAAUGCUGCUUCGGCAUGGUGUAGUGGUGACCACAUGGCCAAAGGUUCAUUUGGAGAUGCUCUUUGUUGAUAAUGUAGUUGGACUGAGGUUUCUUUUGUUUGAAGGUUGCUUGAAGCAGGCGGUGGCCUUUGUUUCUCUUAUCCUGACAUUAUUUCAUCACCCUAAUGAACAGGGGAAGCUUACUGAUUUCCAGUUACCAGCAACUUCAAUCAGGUUUAAAUUCUCCUGUGUUCAGCAUCUUGGAAAGCAACUUGUGUCUGCUUUCUACAACUUCUGUCAAGUUAAAAAUUCAACAUGGAUGUACCUAGACAAUAAACUCAGGAGGCAUUGUUUACUCGCCAAAAAACUGCCUCUGUCUGAAUGCACCUUUGAUAAUAUCCAGGCACUUCAAAAUGGAAUAAAUCAGUCACCUUCUAUGUCUCUUUGCGGGCAACCCUCUGUCAAGGGUACACGGAAGAGGUCCAGGCAGGGCAUUAACUUCAUGGGCAGUUCUCGGGAAGUUAGUUUUGUAAAUAUCAGCCAUUCUGCUACUCAUUCUGAUGAGCUUCACAGAAAGCUUCCCCCACUUGCUCUAUCUUUUACAGCUGCACCUACUUUCUUCAUUAAUUUGCAUCUUAAGUUGCUUAUGGAACACAGUGUUGCUAAUAUCUGCUUUCAAGACCAUGAUUCAGAAAUUACUCCCGAGAACAAUUUGAAGGCUCCAGAAAAUGUGGCUACCUCUGGUGGGUCCUGUACUAAAGUGGUAACAGAAACAUCUCUUUCUAUUUGCAGUCAGCGCGGUCGGUUAAAGUCAUCUCAGCUUUACCAAAAUUGUGUUGUUAAUGUUGCUGGAGCCUCUUCUAGGACUUUCGCUGGCAGAGAUAAAUCCAAAACUAGUUCCCGUUCUAUUGUGAAUGGGCUUACUGUUGAAAUUCCAUCUUUUGACCAUUUUGAGAAGCCUGUGGAGAGGGAGUUACAAAGUGCUCAACAGCCUACAGAUUUUCAACAGCCUACAGUUUUUUCAUUGAAUAUGAAUGGUAGCAUUAUCCCCAGUCCCAGCCCCACUGCUCCCAGAAGUACAGGGCAGCGAAAUAGAAAUAAUAUGUCAUCAUUUGGAAACCUCUCACAUCGUUGGUCAGAUGGAAAGGCUGACAUUUUCCAUAAUGGUUUUGGUAAUGGACCGAAGAAGCCCCGAACUCAAGUCUCAUACACAUUGCCUUGUGGAGGUUUUGAUGUCAGCUCUAAGCAAAGAAAUGUUCACAAAGGGCUUCCUAAUAAGCGAAUUAGAAGGGCCAGCGAGAAGAGGUCAUCAGACAUUUCCAGAGGUUCCGAAAGGAACUUGGAGCUCUUAUCCUGUGAGGCAAAUGUGUUAAUUUCUGCAAGUGACAGAGGGUGGAGAGAAUGUGGGGCACGUGUAGUAUUAGAACUCUUUGAUAAUAGUGAGUGGAAGCUUGCUGUAAAACUUUCAGGGACUACGAAGUAUUCAUACAAAGCACAUCAAUUUUUGCAGCCUGGGUCAACAAACCGCUAUACUCAUGUUAUGAUGUGGAAAGGAGGAAAGGAUUGGAUCUUGGAGUUUCCAGAUAGGAGCCAGUGGGCCCUUUUCAAGGAGAUGCAUGAAGAGUGUUACAAUCGGAACCUUCGGUCUGCGUCAGUUAAAAACAUACCUAUUCCUGGUGUUCGCUUAGUAGAAGAUAUUGAUGAUAAUGGAACAGAAAUAGCAUUUCUUCGCAGUUCUACCAAGUACUUUCAGCAGAUGAAAACCGAUGUUGAGAUGGCUUUAGAUCCAUCUCGUCUCUUGUAUGACAUGGAUAGUGAUGAUGAGCGAUGGAUUUUGAAGUUUCAAAAUUCUUCAGAAGUUGAAAAGAGUAGCUCAAUGGAGAUUGGCGAGGAGAUGUUUGAGAAGACAAUGGACAUGUUUGAGAAGGCUGCAUAUGUUCGGCAAUGUGAUCAGUUCACAUCUGAAGAAAUAGAAGAGUUCAUGACUGGUAUUGGGCCCAUCGAUUUGAUUAAAACCAUUUAUGAGCAUUGGCGUCAGAAACGGCUGAGAAAGGGAAUGCCUUUAAUCCGACAUCUCCAGCCACCGUCAUGGGAGACGUAUCAAAAACAAGUGAGGGAGUGGGAGCAAGCUAUGACCAAGAUGAAUAACACACUCGCAAAUGGUGGCCGUGAGAAAGCUGCAGCAGUUGAGAAGCCACCGAUGUAUGCUUUUUGUCUGAAACCACGGGGCCUGGAAGUUCCCAAUAAGGGAUCAAAGCAACGGUCACAGAAGAAAUUUUCUAUUUCUGCACAUACCAAUGCGGUGUUAGGAGAUCAGGAUGGUUUCCAUCCUAUUGGAAGGAGAUCAAAUGGGUUUGCCUAUGGUGAUGAAAAAAUUGCAUAUUCAGGCCAUAACUAUGAAUCUUUAGAUGACUCUCCAUUGUCUCAGACGUCGCCCAGGGUUUUUUCACCAAGGGAUGCAGCAAACAUCUUUAUGAGCAAUGAUGGUUUUGAGAGGAAUCAUCUUCACAGAAUUGACAGAAGCAAGUCAAAGAAAUAUCGGACAAUAGCAUCCUCUGUUGACCCCCAGAUGGUGUCUCCAUAUAAUCAUAGAGUGGUACGAAACAGAAAUGGAGUUCAUAGAGGGAAUAUUGGUUUCCCGGAGUGGUCAAGCCAGUCAUAUUAUCAACCAGAUGUUGCUCAGAGGCUUGUAAAUGCGCAUGGCUUUGAUCAUGAUGAGUUUAGGCUUCGUGAGGCAUCCGGUGCUGCUCAGCAUGCACAUAACUUAGCCAAGCGUAAGAGAGAAAAUGCUCGCAGAUUGUUUUACAGAGCAGAUCUAGCAAUGCACAAGGCUGUGGUUGCUCUCAUGACUGCGGAAGCAAUCAAAGCUUCUUCAGAGGACUACGACUAUGACUACGACUCUGAGUCCGACUCCUUCUCCAUCUCCGACUCUGACACCGAUUCAGACAGUGAAGAGUAGAGCAUUAAAAUUAAAUGUGAGAUGACAGAAUGAAAAUUCCCCUAUCCCUUUCAGCUCGCUGUUGUGCAGCCGGAGAAUACAUAUAGACAUGGACAAUGUUUUUGUCAAUAGUGGUGGGAUUUUUUGUGUUUGUUCACAGAUACCAUAGAGAAAUUCUAACAUGAGAGAGCCGUGAACAGUAUGGGCGGGAAAGAAAUCAUUGCUCCAACGAAGCUGCAGACUUCCUGAUUCUUCUUCUGAGCGAGAUUUUUUUUUUUUUUUCCAGUUUGAGGUCUGCUCAGUUCAGUCAGUGCAAUUGUUGUACUGGUCCUGCAGGGGUUAGGGGGUGUGUGAAAUUUUGGCUGCCAAUCUCGUUGUACAGAUCUUUUCUUUUCCUCUGUUCUUUCUCCCCAUAACCUCGGCUUUUUCAGUGUUUAGUAUUAAAGGAGCAUUUUGCCCAAAUAAUACACCACUCGGAAAAAAAAAGAAAAAGAAAAAAGGGAAUUACCAUUUCCUGUUAAA